GUUGAGACCCCUGCGCGUUGCUGCAAUGUCGAGCUUCAGCCCGGGUCUCGAGGCUGUAAAACUUCAACAGCAUUUACAACAAACCAAUUCAGAUGCGCCUAACGCAAUUGGAAAACACCACCAUAUCUUAAGAGAACAUCAUCACGAUGCUGUGUGCAAUCUCUGGUGAGCCUCCUCAGGAGCCUGUCGUCUCCAAGCUCUCAGGAAAUGUCUUCGAGAAGCGUCUCAUUGAGCGAUACGUCACGGAACACGGCGUAGACCCCGUCUCCAAAGAGGACAUGACUAUCGAAGAUCUGCUGCCGCUCAAGACUAACCGCGUUGUCCGACCCCGCCCGCCGACCCUCACCUCCAUUCCCGCCCUUUUGGCCAGCUUCCAGAAUGAGUGGGACGCGUUGGCCACCGAGACGUACAACCUGACCGAACAACUGAAGAAGGCACGGGAAGAGCUCUCCACGGCACUGUACCAGAACGAUGCGGCCGUCCGGGUCAUUGCACGGCUGACGCAAGAGCGUGACGAGGCACGGGAUGCUCUGUCCAAGAUCAACGUGUCGGUGUCGAACGGUCCCAAUGCUGAAGGAGACGCUAUGGCCGUCGACUCGGAGUUUUUGCCAGAUGAGCUGGUGGCUAUAGUAGACGCAACCCAAGCACAAAUGUCCAAGAGCCGAAAGAAGCGCCCUAUCCCCGAAGGGUGGGUAACACCAGAAGACAUCUCAGCUUUCACCGUUGAGGAGGCCAAGGACCUUGAAAUACCACAGACCAAGGCACUGGCAAUCGACCAGGAACACGCGGCCAUCGGAGGGUUCAAUGGUCUUGCGUCUUGCUACUCUAUCGCUACCGGCGAAGUCGAACGUACUAUGGAUAUUGGCCCAGUGACAGAUGCCAUUUGGCGAGACAACAAAAUCAUCUUUGCCACGGCUAAGGGCAUGGUCCUCUUAUUCGACAAGGCAGCGGAGGUUGCCAACUUUGCGGACCACGUGGGUGCAAUCACCGGUAUUGCUCUUCAUCCCAGCGGAGAUCUUCUGGCAUCAGUGGGAGUCGACAAGUCGUUUGUCAUCUACGACCUAAAGAACUUGAAGCGCGCCAUGCGCGUUCAGACCGACUCUACACUUUCAAGCUGCGCAUUCCACCCAGAUGGCCAUCUGUUGGCAGUGGGUACGAAUUCGGGUGUCGUCAAGGUUUUCCAGAUCAAGACGGGUGAAGAAGCCGCCAAGUUUGAGCUUGGUGCCCGGGUGGAAUCCAUUGCCUUCUCUGAGAACGGGUAUUGGUUCGCUGCUGCAUCGAGUCAACAGACCACGGUGACCAUAUUUGACUUGCGGAAAGAGGGCGAUGCCGCUAGGGCCAAGGUACUGGAGAUCGGUGCACCGGUGCAGAGUCUGGCUUGGGAUUACAGCCAGCAAUUCCUGGCCACGGCAGGCCCAUCGGGUAUUACGGUACAACAAUAUUCCAAGAGCGCCAAGAAGUGGUCCGAGGCGGUGAGGAAGGAUUUCAGCGCGGUUCGCGUGGCAUGGGGCACCGAGGCCAAAAUGCUGGUGGCUGUCUCAGAGAAUGGCAAUAUUGGGAUUCUGAAGCAGUAGGGAGUACUCGGAAUCCAGCUCCUCGAAAGGCUAAGAAGGGAAAGGCGGGGAAUGGGAAGGCAGGGUCAUUCACAGUUUGAGUCAAAAAUGGCUGAGUGGUAGACAUGCCUCUUUUGGUGCCGGUCCGAUGUGGGUGAAGUUUGUACAAUAAUGUGGUGGACGAUGGAAGAUCGGUGGAUACCUACACUUAUUUAAGGACUUGGGUAUGCGGUACUGCAUAUUCCAAAUAUGCAAUUGAGAAUACGCAAUGCACUUUUGCUAUCACUCGCGUGGCACUGAUAUACG